AUGGUGGAUCUCACUCAACAGACGGAUAUCACGACCUUUGCACAUUGUUACGGCGGGAUUGUUGAAAUCGAUCUACGUCAGCUCCUCAAACAACAAUCGACAAUCCGUCACCAUCAGGCCUGGACGUCACAGAGGCGGGUCAAGAGGGCGAUCCCUGACAUCGAUGACGUGGAAUGGAACUCGACCUUGGCUUAUGUCCAUGACAGGCACGCAGUCUUCACCUUUUACAGCAACAGCAAGGACUCUCACCAACGCACACAUCAUAUCAAAAAGCUGCAUGGAAUGCUGCCCACUCUGAACUCCAUGCAGGCUCGCAAGCCCAACCUGUACCCAACAUGCGUGUGCCGACGAUGCGAGCUCGAGAAGGAGGAUAACGAUCACGUCUGGAAAUGCCCUUCGGCAGCUGAGACCACCACUGAGAUCUGGAAGGAGGCCAUGGGCAAGAUUAACGAGUGGGGUGUGCAGGCGACAAACAGCUACAACGCAGCCAGGAAGCGAGAAUACAAACGCGCGGUGGACAGAGGUCGUCAGGUACCGAGGCCAGUACCCAUACACUGGUGGCCCCCUUCGGAUGCGGAUCAUGUGCGAGGAUUUUCCUCCAUCGGUGGAGCUCGAGCCGUGCACAGCGGUAGUCCAGCUCUCGAUCGAGACGAGAAACCGAUGUGGAAUGUGUCGGAUCUCCUCCGCGGCAUCACCCCCUUGAGCAUGUUGACUGAAUGGUCCGCGGUCUUCCGGACCCCAAUGUCCAUCGCCAAGACAGUCCUUCACAAGUUUGUUGGCUACCUGGAGGCGCAGGCCUCGGAGCUGAUCUGGAAACCUCGGUGCUCCGCGACAAUCGCAUGGGAACAAAGCCAGGGCAUCUCUGCCAAGGAUAAGACAUCCAAAUAUACAGGCCCCCGAGGUGAUUGGAGUCAAGGAUACGGUUACAUCACGCACGAUGGUUUCUCAGCGACAAUUGUUGCGCAGAGCCAGGUUCUGGACCGGACUGCGACUGGCGGAUGGUGCACUGAAGAGUUUGGUCUGUAG